AUUGAGGGUCACCACUAACCACUGUUGGUCUCUGUCUGUUAGAUUCUUCUUUUUUUUUUUUUCUGGUUUCAGUUUUCAGGGAAGAAAAAAGAUAGAACACAAAGACGAAAAGAAAGGACAUCAAUGGCGGAACUCAUUGCCAUGGGCAAUGAUGUUGUUCAUGUUGCAGUUAAGAGUGAUGUCAGAGAGAGCAGAUCAACUCUUCUUUGGGCUUUGAGGAACCUCGGGGCUAAGAAAGUCUGCAUCCUCCAUGUUUAUCAGCCAAAAACAGCUUCUCCGGCUGCUCGCAAGCUGGAAGAAUUGGAGGCUAUCAUGUACGAGACAUUACAUGAUUAUUUUGAUUUUUGUCAACAAGAAGGGGUGAAUGAGGACGAUAUUUACAUAUCAUGUAUAGAGAUGAACGAUGUGAAGCAGGGGAUACUAGAACUCAUCCAUGAGGGCAAAAUCAAGAAGCUCGUCAUGGGAGCUGCAUCAGAUCAUCAUUAUUCAGAGAAGAUGUUCGAUCUUAAAUCAAGAAAGGCAAAAUAUGUUUACCAACACGCGCCUAACUCCUGCGAGGUUAUGUUUAUGUGUGACGGACAUCUCAUCUACACAAAGGAAGCCAAUCUUGAAGACUGUGUUGAUGAAACAGAAUCCGGAGCUGGACAAUCCAAACCGAAGCUCUUUUCCUCGGCUUCACCGAAAUGCUCUGCAGAACUAGUUUCUGCAAUUGUAGCGUACAUUGACACAAGGAGAGACAGAGAUAUGUUAGAGCCAACUGCAUCAGAGGAUCAAUCUGAAAGCGAAAGGAAUGAUCAACUGUAUAGACAGCUUAAGCAAGCACUUAUGGAAGUUGAGGAAUCGAAAAGAGAAGCUUAUGAAGAGUGUGUCAGGCGGUUUAAAGCUGAAAAUACAGCCGUUGAGGCCAUUCGCAGAGCAAGAGAGUACGAGACCAUGUACAAUGAAGAGGCGAAGCUAAGGAAAGAAGGUAAAGAAGCAUUAACGAAGCAGAGGAAAAUGGUGGAGAAGACUAAACAAGAGAGGGACGACGCGCUGAUCAUCAUUCUAAAUGGAAGAAAGCUAUACAAUGAGGAACUGAGACGUAGAGUUGAAGCUGAAGAGAUGUUGGGAAAAGAGAAAGAAGAACACGAGAGAACUAAGAAGGAGAUCGAAGAAGUGCGAGCCAUUGUUCAGGAUGGUAUGCAGCUGUACAACGAGCAGCUGAGACAGAGGAAGGAGAUGGAGGAAUCUAUGAAGAGACAAGAGGAAGAGCUUGAGAAGACAAAGAAGGAGAAGGAAGAAGCGUGCAUGAUAAGCAAGAACUUGAUGCAGCUAUAUGAAGACGAGGUGAGGCAGAGGAAAGAAACAGAGGAGUUGGUGAAGAGAAGAAGAGAGGAGCUAGAGAAAGUGAAGAAGGAGAAGGAAGAAGCUUGCUCUGUAGGACAAAACUUCAUGAGGUUAUAUGAAGAAGAAGCAAGACGUAGAAAAGGAACAGAGGAAGAACUCAGCAAGGUGGCGGCUGAGAAAGACGCAGCGAGCUCAGUCUGUUCGGAGAUUCUAUUACUCCUUCAGAGUUACACUCGUCGCCAUGGGAUUCCUUCUGGAUUCUCGGAUGAGGACUCCGUUACACGCCAGCCUCCCUCAUAUUUCAUAUGUCCUAUCUCACAGGAAGUAAUGAGAGAGCCUCGUGUUGCAGCCGAUGGUUUCACCUAUGAAGCUGAAUCCUUAAAAGAAUGGCUCGGCAAUGGUCACGAGACCUCACCAAUGACAAACCUGAGGCUCGCCCACAACAACCUAGUCCCCAACCACGCCCUUCGUUCUGCCAUUCAGGAGUGGCUCCAACGAAACUCUUGAGAAUCUUUCUUUUUGUGUUUACAUAAAGCUGUUAUUAUUUGCUGCGAGUGGAAUUCAUAAAAACUGUUUGGUUCUCUAGUAGCCUUAACCCAUUUGCAAAAAUGCUUGCUGUUUUGCUCUCUCUUGAGAAACCUGUUGUCAAAACGU